GAACGGCUUCGCGAGUUGGGGCAGCUCCUCGCGCUCGGCCCUGCUCGGCGGCGAGAGCUCCGCCUGGGCGCCGCGUUCCUACAGCCGCGGGAGCCGCCAGACGCCGUGGGAGCCGCCAGACGCCGAGGGAACGGACCAACCUCCGCGCACCUUUGCCGACCCGGGCGGGCAGAGGAGGGCAAGCGGCGAACGGCCGGGAGCGCGGAGAGCCAGGCCAGCCCGGAGCGCGCCGGGGACACCCCGUGCGCCCCGCGUCCUGGCACCAUGCGACCCGCCGCGCGUCCUCGCGGGCCCGGGGCUUCGCUCUCCGCUCUCUGAGCCCCUGCGCUCGCCACCACGGAAACUCGGAAAGAGGAGGCGAGGCUGUGGGGAGCGGCGCGGAGACGGACUAGACUUCCCCUCCGCCCCCAAGAGGCUAUCGGUCUCCGGUUCCCUGGGCUUCUCCAGCUUUAUCAUGAACCUGGCGCAAGGUUGGCUUUAGGAGAAAUUCAGGAGCCGCAGGGAGAGUCAAGGCAAUUCUUUGGUUGCUAAGUGUGAGUGAAGACACUCAGGAUGGCUCAAGGAUCCGGGGAUCAAAGAGCAGUGGGGAUUGCUGACCCAGAGGAGAGUUCUCCAAACAUGAUCGUCUACUGCAAAAUUGAAGACAUCAUUACAAAGAUGCAAGAUGACAAGACAGGAGGUGUGCCCAUCAGAACAGUCAAGAGCUUUCUCUCCAAAAUCCCCAGUGUCGUCACAGGUACUGACAUUGUGCAGUGGCUUAUGAAGAACCUUUCCAUUGAGGACCCAGUUGAAGCAAUACACUUGGGAAGCCUUAUCGCUGCCCAGGGCUACAUCUUUCCAAUCUCAGACCAUGUUCUCACCAUGAAGGAUGAUGGCACCUUUUAUCGUUUCCAGGCUCCGUACUUCUGGCCUUCGAACUGCUGGGAACCUGAAAACACUGACUAUGCCAUCUAUCUCUGUAAGAGGACAAUGCAAAAUAAAGCAAGGCUGGAACUGGCAGAUUAUGAAGCAGAAAACUUAGCAAGACUCCAGAGGGCCUUUGCAAGGAAGUGGGAAUUCAUCUUUAUGCAAGCAGAAGCACAAGUAAAGAUUGACCGGAAAAAAGACAAGACAGAAAGGAAAAUUUUGGAUAGUCAAGAACGAGCCUUUUGGGAUGUCCACAGGCCUGUGCCAGGCUGUGUGAACACAACAGAAAUGGAUAUCCGAAAAUGUCGACGCUUGAAGAAUCCACAGAAGGUUAAAAAGUCCGUGUAUGGCGUGACUGAAGAGUCCCAGGCACAGAGCCCAGUGCAUGUACUCAGCCAACCAAUCAGGAAAACAACAAAAGAGGACAUCCGGAAACAGAUAACAUUUUUGAACGCACAGAUUGACAGACAUUGUUUGAAAAUGUCCAAAGUAGCUGAAAGUUUAAUUGCCUACACGGAACAAUAUAUGGAAUAUGACCCUUUGAUAACACCAGCUGAACCAUCCAACCCUUGGAUCAGCGACGACGUUGCUUUGUGGGACAUAGAGAUGAGCAAAGAGCCCAGCCAACAGCGAGUAAAAAGAUGGGGCUUCUCUUUCGAUGAGAUAUUGAAGGACCAGGUGGGGCGGGACCAGUUUCUACGAUUCCUGGAGUCCGAAUUCAGUUCAGAAAACCUCAGGUUCUGGCUGGCUGUCCAAGAUCUUAAGAAACAACCCCUACAGGAUGUGGCCAAGAGGGUAGAAGAAAUCUGGCAAGAGUUUCUGGCCCCAGGGGCUCCAAGUGCAAUCAACCUGGAUUCUCACAGCUAUGAGAUAACCAGUCAAAAUGUCAAAGAUGGAGGGAGAUAUACAUUUGAAGACGCACAGGAGCACAUCUACAAGCUGAUGAAGAGUGACAGCUAUGCCCGCUUCCUCCGGUCAAAUGCUUACCAGGAUUUGCUGCUGGCCAAGAAGAAGCCAGAAAGUGAGCAAGGUCGUAGAACUUCCCUAGAAAAGUUCACUCGCAGUGUGAAAUCAGAAUGUGCAGAACACAAGGCCUGCGAGUGCCUCGUCUAUCUUCAUGGCUGGUUUGCCAUGGCCACGGGGCUCCACACACCAAGAAGCUGCCACGGGCUGUCAGAGUCAAGGCCUCUGGGACUUCCUUCACUCCAUGAUGGCCUGAGAGAAGGGAAAGUCGCUGGCGGGCAAGCGCCUCACGGGCCUGAUGCAGUCCUCCUGACCGUUCCCACCGCAGGUCCAGGGCCUGGGCCCGCGGACCCCACAGGCAGGCGGCGGCGCUCCACAUCUGCGGACAGAGUUUCCUUACGGGGAGACUUGGUCACUGUGAAGGAGAAAGAGUGAGGGCAAUGAAGGCCGAUGGUGGGGAGACUCGGUGGGUGAACGGGGAGACCAGACAGAAAGAGUCCACAGAGCCUGGGCUGGGCCCGGUGGAGGCUCCUGUUUACAGCCCUCUCUUCUUUGUACAGUUGUAUCCCAACACUACACUCGCUAAGAGGCCCUGAUCCCAGCUCAUUCAGGGGAGAACACGUCGUGGGGUUCCUGUCACGACUAUCACUUGAGAUUAUAUUAUUAUCCUCACUCCCUCGCUGUCUGGAGAGGGUCACACCUUCUGGCAAAUUCAAGAGAGAUGAGUGGACCGAGAGCACAUCCAGUAUUUGCAUCACCUCCCUGGCACCUCCCAUAGUUACAGCCACUACAUCCCCACCGCCGCCUGUCAUCCCUCACGUCUCUGUGGCCACCCGGGUGUCACUGCCAGCACCAGGCAUUGCUUUCACGUAAAAUGUCCAAAUCACAUCUUCAGCAAGAAAGCAACCUCAUGGAUUGCCCCGCCUCAAGUUCUUUCCACCCUCUUUGAGAUCAACGUUCGGAGAGGUCCCCGCCAGCCCGGUGGCUGCCCUCAGGUCCCGUCACAUGUCUCAAGGGUCCAGCGUUUGAGGAAGCACUGUUGUAGUUGACAGAGCUGCUUGUUUCACAGCUGUGGGGAUUCUGCUGACCAUCUUUUAGAAAAUUAUUUCAUAACUUAUUCUGGUUUUGCCCCCUUGCUCCUUGGUUUAUUCCCUCAUGUUUUACUCAAAAUAAACAUGGCCAUGAACUCAGGGGCCAUUGGGAUUCUCCCCUCUGGCAGCCCCAGGUGGGAGCUGGGAGGGUCCCCAGCCCAGGAGGUGGCUGGAUUGCAGGGCUGGCAGCCCCCACGUGGUGGCAUCCUGACAGGCAUGAUGAGACCCUUGCUGGGUCAGGUCUCCUUUGUGUGUGAAGCUGGGGCAGAGUAUGCUACGAAGGGACCAGGCCAGGCCACAGGGUUCUCCUCCUAGUCUUUAUAUGAAGGCCCAGCCAAAGCACCCCUCUAAACCGGUCACCUAGGGGAAAUGCAAAAACCUGCAAAAGAUCCACCUGUAUUCCUUCCGUGUGUGUGUCAAAAUGACCAUUUGCCAACCUGGCUGUGAGGUAAUGUAUGUAAGGCACCGAGUCAGGUGCCUGAUACGUAGUAGGUGCUUAGCAAAUGGUAGCUAAUACUAUCAUCAUUGUCAUUGUUAUUGUGACACCCAUUGCCCACAGACAGAGCUGUAUUAAGUAACCUGUUUUUGAAUCCAGACAUUCACUCCCCCACUUGGUAUGACUAUCCUCCUUUGAUCUAUUUUUGGUCAUAGGUAAAAAAAAAAAUCUCUCUUGGGAGCAUAUAAACAAAAAACACAGAAGCAAUAAAGCGAUAGCUGGUAUUUCUUUUCUCAUGUAGCCAAAUUCACCAGCCGGUGACCGAAGGCUCAGAUGCUUGCUUAUUUGCAGACCCGGCCUCCUGGGUGCUCCCCAGCGACCCAUCUUUCCACCCCACCACCUCCAAGUCCUGUCUAUGUCUGCUUCCACACAGCCCUGUCCCCAGGGCACCAGCCUUCUGUCCCUCACGGCAGUGCCACCACGGGCAUUAGGAGUCUUCGUUAUGUUGUAUCCUUGUGAGUUCUUGACUACCAUGCCCAAGUCUCCCCCACUGGCGAUAGUUCCUGUCUCGGAGGCACGGUGGCAACUGAAGAGAUGACAGAUGUUGAGUCCUCAGUGUCUCCAGAGGCAGCAAUUCUUGCUGGACACCUACACAUGCUCAGCACAGAGGCUGGUACUUUGGAGGCACUAAACACUUCAUGAGUAAAUGAAUGGCAUAAAGCCCCAUUCCAAGUUAUGGGGUCUUUUGACAGGCCCCUUUCAUCCUCUUUCUCUUUGUAUAAACCUCAUGUUUCAGAACAAAAUUGCAGUCUAAGUUCGUUUGCCCCCAGCCUUGCCCAAGGAUCCCCAGGCUGUGCUGACCCCUAGGCAUAGGGCAAAGGGUGUCCCCAAGCAGCAGGCACCUCAGUGCCCUCAGUUAUCCAGGGAAAGGGGCCUGGCUGCCCCCUGCUCCUCCCCAUGGUGCAGGGGCAUUCUAAGCCAGGCUGCAGACACGGCAGGGUUGGCUUCUUGGCCAUUCCUUCUGUGCCCCCUUCUCCUUCUGACUGGUCUCACCCUGGAGAUCCCCAGAGGAUCUGACCAGAGCCAGGUGGACUGUGGCCCUGAGAUGGAGCUGGCUGCAGGCUUACAAGCACCUCUGGGGACAUCCAGAGGGGAGGGUCAGUAAGCACAACAGAGCUAGGGAGACUUCAGAUGGACUCAAACCCAGAGCAACAACACUCUCACACCACCCUGCAGCUAAGGCACCCGUGUUCCCCAGUAGAUCAAGCCAGAAGCUUUGCAAGAAGGGAGUGGAACGAGGCUGCCUACCCAAGGUCCAUCUACCACGUAGAACUUGGUCAUGCAAGUACAUUUGGAAAAUCUGGUCUUGGCCCGUCCCCCAUUGGCCUGGUCUACACAGCCAAAAAUUCAGACUAGAUUAGAUGUUUGCAGGCAAUUCUGUAGCAAAGCAAAUUCCCCUACCCUGUCCUGCCCCCUAGAAGCUGCCUUAGCCUCCCUGACUGGGUGUGGUCUCUGGGCCUAGGACUCAUCCCUAUGAGGAAAAGUGCUCUCCAGCCACAUCUUGGCAGCCCCACAGCCACAGCAUCAGGGCAGCUGCAGCAAGUGACCACCCACCCACCGGGUUAGAUACACAAGGCACCAGGCACCGGCAUCUGACUAAAAUAACCUUUCCCUACAUGGGAAGAAGAAAGCUUGUAGGUUGGCACAUAUAAAUGUCCAGCCGCAGCCAGAUGGCCUGACCUAAGCAGCAGGAACUCUCUGGGCUGGGGAGGAGCCUCCUGCCCUUCUAGAAAGUGAUAUGUCAGCUUUGUUCUCCUGGGAAGGUGUUGCUAUACCCCAGGAACAAAGCAGGGCGCAACUGCCAGUGCAGUCAGCCGGGCCUGCGCUCCAGGCUCACCGCCGUUAAGCGGUCAGGUACCGGGCCAGCACCCUGGGAGGGACCUCUUGCGACUCUGAGUUGCAGCUUGGACUAGCUGAACACAUGGGGACAUGCUCCAGGGGCUUCUUCCCUGGCAGGAUUCCUGGGAUGUUCAAACUACCUCACCAACAGGACGCUGAACCAGGAGCCUGCCACCAAACUGGCCCCCUUGGUGAUUGUGGAAGGUGAUGUUUUUCCUAAAAUGCAUCCCUCCUGUUCUGCUCCAAAUACAUGAGCUUCAAAAACCACCACCAGGAAAGCCUUCCCAGAAGAGGGAAAGGAUUGAGGGCUCUCUUCCUUUGAGCCCUGCAGAAUGUAUUGGAGGGAGGUGUUGCUGCAAGGUCCAGGAGCUGGGAAGCUCUGGGCUCGGGGGGAGAUAAUGCACCACCAGCCUCGAAAAGGAGCUGCCCAAGUUGAAUAUGUAGCAAAGACCAUGGGAUAAGUUGAAUAGUGGCCAAAUGAAUCACUAAUAACUCACCAUGGGACCCUCUGAAGAGAGGCCUGUGCUCAUGUAACCAUAGCAACAGCAGAUGCCAGCAACCUACUCAUUAGUACCACCCAGUGAUAAGGCAUCCCCUGGGCUAGACCCAGGGGCCAUAAAGUAGCAAAGUAGCAAAUGUAGCAAUAAGGGGCCUGGGUCUAUACGGGGACAGGGUCCAAAUGACCAGGCCUUGGCCCUCUCCCCAGCCCCGAUGAGGGCUCAGAGCCAGCUGCUGUCAGCUGUCUGGGGAGGGAAGGCCCUGCUCCAUACCGGGGGCCCCUGUUCUAUACUCUAAACCCACUCACCGCAUGAUCACGGACUCAUCGGAAUGGCCUCCUCUUAGUGCAUGUGGUUCUCAUUAGUUUAUUUUUCUGGAAUUUGGGGAUUGGACCCCAGAACCAAACAUGCUGGUACAGUCUAAAAAUAAAUGACUUGAACCCACUUCAAUCCA